ACUAAUUUUCGUUACAGCAUGAAAUACGGGAGUUUGGAUUGGUUUGGAGGGCCUGAGAACGGUUGUAUUGUUGGAACGAAUAGUUUGAUGUAACCGGUAACAAUUAAUAUUUUAUUGCCCUUAGUUACUGAUGAGAUAGUAAAAAAUAAUUUCUUUCUAAUUUUUUGCGGUAAACAAAUCUAUCAAAAUGACUAUCGGCAAAAACAAUAAAAUGCUGCAGCAUAUCAAUUAUAGAAUUAGGAUUAUUUUGCAAGAUUCUAGAACAUUUAUAGGCACGUUCAAGGCCUUUGACAAACAUAUGAAUCUGAUACUUGGAGAUUGCGAGGAGUUCCGUAAGAUUAAGCCAAAAAAUACAAAGCAACCGGAAAGAGAAGAUAAACGUGUGCUGGGCUUUGUUCUGUUAAGAGGAGAAAAUAUCGUAUCUUUAACUGUAGAAGGUCCUCCACCUCCAGAAGAAGGAUUACCUAGAGUACCUAUUCCUGGUGCUGCACCAGGACCUGGUAUGGGAAGAGCCGCAGGCCGUGGUAUGCCUGCUAAUGUCGCUGGAGUACCUGCUGGUUUGCAAGGACCUGUUAGAGGUGUUGGUGGUCCAUCGCAACAAAUCAUGACACCAGGAGGUAGAGGUCAAGUUUCUGCUCCACCACAAAUGCAUCCGGGUGGUCCUCCACGUAUGCCAGUUGGAGGUCCUCCACCUGGGAUGAUGGGUCCACCACCAGGGAUGAUGGGUAUGCCACCAGGAAUGCCACCAAUGGGACGUGGAGGUCCACCAAUGGGACCACCUGGAAUGAGAGGUCCACCUCCUGGCAUGAUGCGUGGUGGACCACCACCUCGUCCGUACUAAUAACUCUUAAACUAUUAUAUUACUGUAUCUGGUAACAAUAAAAAACUCUGUUGUAAUAAUA